AUGAAUAAUCAAUACAGUGAGCAGCAAACAAACAAUGCUGUCUCGCAAUUGGCAAAUAACCUUUUGGGUAAUGCCGAUAAUCUUAACAAACUAACUAAAAAAUCUGACGGAACCGCCAAAACUAUUGAAGAAAUUGAAGAAGAGUUUUUAAUUAGUGCGAUUUCGUCCCCGAAGCCAACUGGUUCAGAAAGUGCUAGCGGGACACUACCACCGGAAAUUAUUGACAAAAGAGAAUAUAAUCGCCAAUUAGAAGAAUAUCAGAGACUUCUCAAAGAAUUAAAAACAAUCAAAGAACUAAUUGAUAAAUAUCAAAGCAUUCGUGAAAAAGAAUUGCUUGACCGUUUAAGCCGAAAAAAUGAAUUAAUUGCCAAAGGUUAUUCUGAUAGAGAUAUUGAAAGACUAAAAAUUUGGGACUUGCUCGACCAAGAAAUACCUGAUUUAAAUGCUAAAAAAAGAAUUGGUGUAACGAAUAUUUUAUAUACUUGCGGAGAAGGAAGAGAAAAAGUUGGUGGUUCAAAUGAUUUAAUAAUUUUUCUGAAACCACAACACGAAAACCUCCCUCGUGCUCCUCCAAGAGUUAAUUUCUCUAAUAAUAUUGUUGGGCGUCAUUCCCAAAAGAGUUAUAAAUCUUAUAAAGAAUAUUAUGAGCAAAUUGUCCGUAACUUUCUAGUUCAAAAUGGGAAAUUUAAUCAUGAUGCUUAUGUUUUAGUUAAGAGCGACAAUUCCAUGAGCGGAGACUCAGCGGGUAUAGGUUUUUAUUUAGCACUUCAUAGCCUAGUUAAUCGAAUUCCCUUACCAAGAAAUUUAGGUUCAACCGGAACUGUUGAGGGUCAAAAAGGAUAUCAAAGAUUUAACCCAGGAUACGUAACGAGCGACCCAGAGGAAAACUGGUUUGACAAUUUUCCCGAUGACCUUACAGAAAAAAUUAAGCAAGUAGAGUUUGUUAGUUUUACCAGUGAAAUUCCGCUAGCCCUAGAAAGAAUAUUAAAUCCAGGAAUGGCACCAAGAAAUGUUCCCAUUCCUCCUGAACCGCAAACUAUGGAAAUUCAGGCUACUCCGGAACAAUUUUUUGCUUUGGUAGCAGAUAAUAUGAUUGGAAGACAAGAAACCAAAAAAGUCGAUGAAAAUACUUGGGAAAGCGAGCGGACUAUUCCUAACCCAGAAUUAGGAGAAAUAUAUCAAGUAACAGCAAAGAAAAGAGCAGUUGAGCAAUCCCGAAUAACUAAUGAACAAAAAAUAACUGAAAUUGAAAAAGAAAUUGCGGGACACAAACAAGCCAAAGCCAAUGAAGAAGUAAUUUUAGAAAAUGUUAACCGACAAAUAGAAGAAAAUCGGCAAAAUCCCAACCAAAACCCUGACCAAAAUCUAGAAGCCGAUAAACAAGCAGUAAGCCAAAGAAUAGCCGAAUUGAGUGCAAAAAUCGCAUCUAGUGAGGAAGAAAUUGCCAAUUUGCGGCAAAACCAGCAAGAGUUAAUUAAAGAAGUUGAGGAAUUAGAAUUUCAACUUAAACAUUUAGCAGAAAAAUUACAAACACUAUUGAGAAAACAGAAAUCAUCUAACUCUCCAUCUGACGGAGGAUUAGAAGCCAAAAAAAGACAAUUAGCACAAGAAUAUCAACGCCGAAAAGCCGAAUCAAGCCACGGAGCCGAACAACUAUUGCAAGAAUACGAAAAUAAAUUUAAAGAAAUUGCUGCUCCUUUGGCUAAUUUAAUUCCUGAAAUUCAAAAACGACUGGCGGAAUUAGGCUACAAAAAACUAAUAAUUUCUUGGAAGGAAACAGAACAAUUCGAAAACCAAAUUCCGGGCAGAAUUGCCACUAAAAUAGUUGCACUUUUACGAGGAAAGCAAGAAGUAGACUUUUUUGCUAAUUUUGAUUUAGGAAGUAAUGUCGUUUUAGUGAAUGCUAGCAAGGUUAAGUUCACCGGCAAUAAAUUAAAUAAUAAAUAUUACUAUAAUCACUCAGGUUAUCCGGGAGGGCUAAGGAAAAGAAACACCAAAGUAAUGUUAGAAAAAUACCCUACUGAAUUAAUGGAAAGAAUUGUUUGGGGAAUGAUGCCAAAAAAUAAAUUAAGCCGGAAGCAAAUGAAAAGAUUAUUUGUUUUCCCCCGCGGGGAACAUAAUCUCCAAGCCCAAGAGAAAAACUUUGUUAAAAUUAAAGCGUAA